ACUAGGAGCAAGGGCGCUACUAGGGGCUCCUGGCAUCGCUACUAGGAGCAAGGACGCUACUAGGGGCUCCUGGCAUCGCUCCUAGGAGCAAGGACGCUACUACGGGCUCCUGGCAUCGCUACUAGGAGCAAGGACACUAGCUUUUGAUCCGGCACACAUCCCCUCACACCUUUGCAUGCUCAAGCUUUGGCAAAGAUGCCCGGACGGUUUGAACCCCUUGCGGCAAGGCACAUGGCUUCAAGCUUUGUGGCCCUAGAUGUGCCGGUUGGGAAUUACCAGAGCUGUGAGAUGUUGAGCUCUGUGGUUGCCCCGACCAUUUCCAAGGAAAUAGGCCGUGGGAGGUGGAAGCUGCUGUUCCUCCAGGCAUUCUUUGAGUUGUUUGAGGACUUGCAAACCUUGGUGAAGGAUGCGAUCCUACUACUGACAACACUCCUGGAGGGGAUCUUUCAAUGUAUCUCCAGCAGCCUGCUGGUCAAGCGGUUCGAGGAGAGGCCGCUGAAUGAGGCAAUAGCCAUAGUGGUGGUCUUCCUGAUGAUGGGCACCUUGUACUUUGCCAUGUUCCUAUACAUGCGAAGCUUCAGCGCUUGGCAUGCAAGGCGGUACACCUUGAUCCUCUUCCACAAGUGUUUCCUGUUGGCUCUGAUCUCCUACUAUCAAGGCAUUGUCACCGAUCCCGGUGCUAUUCCCAACUCUUGGCAGACAAGCUUGAGAACUGAAGAAGACAUUCUGGUGAUGGCCAAGGAGCGGAAGCGAUCUGGAGAGCUCCGGCUUUGCAACAAAGAGAUGAAGUACAAACCAGACCGUGCCCACUACUGCUCAUGCUUGCAGCGCAAUGUAUUGCGCAUGGACCACUACUGUCCGUGGAUGAGCAAUUGCAUUGGACACUUCAACUACAAGUUCUUCUUGCAAUUCCUGUUCUACACGGUUGUGUCUUCAAGCAUUGCUUGCUUUGUCAUGGUGAGUGCCUUGUACAACGAAGUGUUUGUACCUGGAACCACUGUGAUGAUGGUGGGAAGUGCUGGAUUUGCAGGGUUGCUUGCUUCAGUUCUGACUCCUUUUUUCGCCUUCCACGCUUGGAUGGUAUCAAAGAACAUGACCACCAUUGAAUUCUGUGAAAAGCUAGAGGGUGGAAUCUACACCUCGCCAUAUGACCUGGGGCUCUGGGCAAACCUGCGAAGCGUGCUUGGAGGAAAUGCUAUCCUCUGGUUCUUGCCAAUUCCCUCCACACCUGGGGACGGCAUCACUUGGCAGCGUCGCUGAGGCUAGCCAAGGCUGGGAGAUUGCACGUCUUGCUUCGAGUGGAUGACACUGUCACUCGAGCACUCGAGGCUGAAUCCGAAUGCAUCAAGUGUGUCAA